CAUGGAAUUCACCGGUUUACUGUUAAUGCUCGUAGUUACUGCCUCUGCGGCACCUCAAGGGUACAACUUGGGAGUACCCUCUGGUGCCAGGCUUGCUACUGGUCCUGGAUUAACUGCUGAUGCCGCGGGUGCUGGUGGAGACCUCGUCAAUGGAGGAGGUGAUGCGCCUGGAUGCCAAGAGGGAGAAAUCCUUCACGUAGAUGGGACAUGUGUAACUCCUGAAGUCACAAGAAAGGUCUACGUAUUUAAUGUUCCUGAACAACAGAGACCCGUUGGUCCAGCACCUAGUAUUCCUCCUCCAGCAGUGGACCACAACAUCUUGUUCGUGCGCCUUCCUGAGGAAGCACCUGCACCUGACCCCAUCGUACUUCCUCCACCAAGGCAGAACAACAUUGUGUACGUAUUAAACAAGCAAGAAGAACAAGCUCAACGAGUGAUCGAAGUACCAGCUCAGCCACAAGCCGAUCCCGAGAUAUAUUUCGUUAACUACCAAGAUGGCGAGAAUCCAACCCUUCCCUUAGGAGUAGACCUUGAAACUGCUCUUAGCUCUGCUGCCGCAGCCGGUGGUCAGGUUCUAGGCGUCGAUGGAGCAGGUGGAGAAGCUGGCUUUGGUGGAGCAGCUGGAGUUGGUAGUGUAGGUGGAUUAGGUGGCGCAAGUGGAAUUGUGGGAGGACCCGCAGGUAGUGGUCUUGUUGGUGUAAAUGGAUUUGGUAGUGUUAAUGGAGCCGGUGUUGGUGGAGUUAAUGGAGCAGCUGGAGGCUUCCAGGUCAGUUCUGGAGGAAGACCAUCAGGUCUUUACACCUCUCCCUAAAUCUUGUUUUUCUCUAGUCCUUUCGUUUGUUACCUAAGAAUUACAUUUGCUGUAUUCGAAAAAUAAAUGUAAUCAU